AUGCCUCCCUCUGUUCCCAACAGCAAGGGCUCCGACGCCCCCAAAGACACCCCUUACGGCACUUGGGACUCUUUCCCGUGGGAAGACUUCCCCGAAUACGCAGGAUCUAAAUCAGUCCUGUAUCGGUCUGCUGAUGGCAAGAUCGUUGCCGGAGCUGCCAAAGAGAGUGGUACUGCAACACUAACCUACCCCUGCGACGAGUUCUUCUAUGUCACCGAGGGGUGGAUUAAGCUCGCGAUUCAUGGAGGAGAAACAUUCACCUUGACAAAAGGCCAAUUUGUGUACCUAAAGAAGGGAACUACAGUGGACUUUGAGUUUGGACCCGAAUUUGCCAAUGUCGCCGUGUUUAUCGAUAAUGAACGAAUCACGCUGAUUUAGAGCCAGGAGAAUAGUAAAUGUUGGGCUACGAAAGACGUAUCAAUGAAUAAGGAAUUGCAUUUUGCCUUUCUUAGAAUUAAUCGAAUUGGUUUCUUCUAUA